UUUUUUUAAGAGUUAAAUUUAAAGUGAGUUUUAAGAGAUGGCACCGAAAAAGAAAUACAAGAAUGUUGAUUGGGCAGAUGAGGAGCAUUUCUCCAAGGAUCGCAGCAUAUUUUUCAUAGAGCACAGCACCGAGUGUCCCAUAUUCCAGGUAAAGGCCGACGAGUGUUUAACAUUCUUCCAGCAACGCAUUCCGGAGCGGGAAUUCCAACUUGUCCGCAACAAGAACGGGAAACAGACGCCUCGAGAUGGAGCCUUCGAGGUGUGUGUCUCCCAGAAUGCCCGCACCUCCGAGCAUGCCUUGUGGUCGGGGUUAACCAGAGGUCCCCCCAGACGGGAUAAGUUUCCCAACUACGAGGAUCUCGUUUCCGAUGUUCAUCGUGUGCUUAAGAAAUUCUAUCCGGAUAAAACCGUUGGUGCUGAGGACGAGGAUAUGGAUAUGUAGGAAGAUGUAUGUGUUAUAAAUAUUUGUUAACUUACGCACUUGCUCAUCACAUGAUUCAUCUCGGUUCAUCAUAAAGGCAAAUUAACAGUGACAGUUUCACAAUGAAACAACAUUA